CCCGCCCGCAUACACUCAUAGGCACGGAGGGAGAGACGGUGGCCCUCCGGGUCGAUGUGUGUCUCGGAACCGGUUCUGCCCGGCCCGUGUUGAUGUUGUGAAGCAGGCUCAGGGGGAAGGGAUUUGUCUCGGCCGCUCACCCUCCGGCUCUACAUGUUCGCUGCACUGAGGAGGAGACGGAAGAGGAGCCAGCCCCCCUCCCGGCCCGGAUUAUUGUUGUUAUAUUAUCUCCCCUCCUCCUCCUGCUCCGCGGCGGCGGCGGCCCAACAGCGGCGGCGGCUCCUCUGAGGAGGGAGGGGGGCGGAUUCCUCUCCCCCUCUCUCGGGUUCUCGUUGGAUUCAGACGCCGAUUUGCUCAGGUUCCGAGGUGAGACAGGACCAGACGUCAUUUUUGAAAUACAUGCUUGGGAGAUGGGAAGUAAUGAUAGCUGGCACCUGAACUAAAAUAUCUGUGAAGGCACCCAUCCCAGAGCUUCAGGAUGAAUGGGGAUAUGCCUCAUGUUCCCAUCACUACUCUUGCAGGGAUUGCUAGUCUCACAGACCUUUUGAACCAGCUGCCUCUUCCAUCACCUUUACCCGCUACAACUACAAAAAGCUUGCUCUUUAACGGACGAAUAGCAGAAGAGGUGAACUGCCUUCUGGCCUGCAGGGAUGAAAAUCUGGUUUCACAACUUGUACACAGCCUCAACCAAGUGUCAACAGAUCACAUAGAAUUGAAAGAUAACCUUGGCAGCGAUGAUCCAGAGGGAGAUAUACCAGUCUUGCUGCAGGCUGUCCUGGCAAGGAAUCCUAAUGUUUUCAGGGAGAAAAGCAUGCAAAACAGAUACGGGGUACAAAGUGGAAUGAUGUUGCCACAGUACAAACUUUCCCAGAAUUCCAUGCAUGGUAGUCCUGCAUCUUCCAAUUAUCAACAAACCACUAUCUCACAUAGCCCUUCCAGCCGGUUUGUGCCACCACAGACAAGUUCUGGUAACAGAUUUAUGGCACAACAGAACAGUCCAGUGCCUAGUCCAUAUGCUCCUCAAAGCCCUGCAGGAUACAUGCCAUAUUCACAUCCUCCAAGUUAUACAUCACACCCUCAGAUACAGCAAGCGUCAGUAUCCAGUCCCAUUGUCUCAGGUGGCAUGAGGAACAUACAUGAAAAUAAAGUUUCAAGUCAGUUGUCUGGCAAUUCAGCUAAUCACCAUGCUGAUAAUUCUAGACAUGGCUCAAAUGAAGACUACCUACAGAUGGUGCACAGACUAAGUAGUGAUGAUGGUGAUUCUUCAAUAAGGAAUGCUGCAUCCUUUUCUUUGCGGUCACCUCAGUCAGUGUGCUCUCCAGCUGGAAGUGAUGGAACACCUAAAGGAUCAAGACCUCCUUUAAUCGUACAAUCUCAGCCUCCACCUUAUUCAUCACCUAGAGAGGUACCCCCAGACAUACUGUUAGAUUCUCCAGAAAGAAAGCAAAAGAAACAAAAGAAAAUGAAGUUAGGCAAGGAGGAAAAAGACCAGACUGAAAAAGCUGCAAUGUAUGAUAUCAUUAGUUCUCCUUCCAAGGACUCCACUAAACUUACUUUAAGACUCUCUCGUGUAAGAUCUUCGGAUAUGGACCAGCAAGAUGAUAUGCUCUCUGGUUUGGAAAACAGUAAUGUUUCAGAGGGUGAUAUUCCUUUUAAUGUUCAGUACCCAGGACAGACUUCUAAAACACCCAUUACUCCACAGGAUGUUAACCGCCCACUAAAUGCUGCUCAGUGUUUGCCGCAGCACGAACAGACAGCAUUCCUUCAAGCACAACAAGUGCCUGUUUUACAACAGAACACUUCAGUUGCUGCAAAACAACCUCAAACUCCUGUGGUACAGACGCAGCAACAGAUUUCACAACAAGGAACUAUAACGCCAUAUGAUGAAGUAGAAUUGGAUGCAUUGGCUGAAAUUGAGCGGAUAGAACGUGAAUCAGCUAUUGAAAGGGAGCGAUUUUCAAAAGAAGUCCAAGAUAAAGAUAAGCCUUUGAAAAAGCGAAAGCAAGAUUCUUAUCCACUGGAGGCUGGGGGUGCUACCGGAGGAAAUAAACCAGCUUCUCAGGAGACAGGUUCUGCAGGAAAUGGGUCACGGCCAGCAUUGAUGGUUAGUAUUGAUCUUCAUCAAGCAGGACGAGUGGACUCUCAGGUCACUGUAACUCAGGAUCCAGACACCAUCAAAAAGCCUGAAGAAACAAAACAGUGUAAUGAUGGAUCUAUAUUUAUUCCCCAAGAAGACCCUAUUGGAGUUCUUAAACUUAAACCUGAAAACCAUCCUGACAGUCUUAGGAAAAAGUCAGAUUCUGAAGGUCAAAAAACAGAUAUUCAACAAAACGAGAGCAAACAGACAGAAGUGCAACAAAAUGAAAGCAAAUGGAUAGAAAGUAAACACAACGAGAGCAAACAGAUAGAAGCUAAGCAUGAAAAUAAGCAAGACAGCAGACCAAUGGAUGUGAAACAAAAUGAGAGCAAACCAGUGGACACAAAACAAAACGAGAGUAGACAUAUGGAACUGAAACAAAAUGAGGGCAAACAAAAUAAUGGCAAACAGGAAAUAAAACAAAGGCCCGAAACGCCAAGACAGAAGAAUGAAGGCAGCAGGCCUGAAACACCAAAACAGAAGAAUGAAGGCAGGCCUGAAAUGCCAAAACAUAGGCAUGACAAUAGAAGAGAUUCUAGUAAACCAUCCUCAGAGAAGAAAUCUGAUAUAUCUAAACAUAAACAGGAAAUUAAAUCUGACUCCUCCAGAGUAAAAUCUGAAAGCAGAUCAGAUCCAACAAAACAAAGACCAGAUGGACGUUCAAUUCCCGAGACUCCAAGGCGUGACCAUGAUAACCUUAAACAAAAAUCUGAAGACAGGGGCGAAUCAGAGAGAUAUAAAGGCGAUCCAUCCAAGAUCAGAAGACCUGAAUAUUUGAGAUCCUCAAGCAAAAAUGAGCAUGAUUCUAAACAUGGGAUUAAAUCUGAUAAUUCAAAAACUGAGAAACUAGAAAGAAAACAUAGACAUGAGUCUGGUGAGUCAAGAGAAAGGCUGUCUUCUGGGGAACAGAAAUCAAGACCAGACAGUCCUCGUAUUAAACAAGAAAAUAAAGGAGAUUCUAGUAAAUCAAGACUUGAUAAACCUGGCUUUAAAUCACCAAACAGCAAGGAUGAACGAAGGACAGAUGGUAGUAAGAGUAAAGUGGAUUGUAAUAAACCACACACUGACAAUAAGGCUGAGUUUCCCAGUUAUUUGUUGGGGGGAAGAUCUGGUGCAUUGAAACAUUUUGUCAUUCCAAAAAUAAAGCGUGAUAAAGAUGGCAAUGUCACUCAGGAGCCAAGGAAAACUGAAGUUAAGGGUGAACAAAAAGACAAAGUAGAGAAGAUUGGGCUAGUAGAAGAUCUAAAUAAAGGAGCUAAGCCUGUAGUUGUUUUGCAGAAGCUUUCUUUGGAUGAUGUACAAAAAUUUAUUAAGGACAGAGAAGAUAAAUCAAGAAGCUCUUGUUUUAAACCCAACAAGAACAAGUCAUCCAAAUCAAAUAAAGGUAGCAUAGAUCAGUCAGUGUUAAAGGAGUUGCCUCCUGAGCUCCUGGCAGAAAUUGAAUCCACCAUGCCACUUUGUGAACGUGUGAAAAUGAACAAGCGCAAACGUAGCACAGUUAAUGAGAAACCAAAAUAUGCUGAGAUCAGUUCUGAUGAAGACAAUGGCAGUGAAGAAGCUUUUGAAUCUUCUCGGAAAAGACAUAAAAAGGACAGAGAUGAUGAUAAAGCUUGGGAAUAUGAAGAGCAUGAUAAGAGAAUUUCUGGUGAUCAUAGGAGAAGUAGUCAUUAUCAUGAAGGAAGGAGGACUUCUGGUAGUAGCCGUUAUCGCAAUCGUACUCCAGAAGACUCUGACAUGGAUGAUUAUUCUCCUCCUCCUAACCUUAGUGAUGUGGCUAGAAAAAUGAAGAAAAAAGAAAAACAAAAGAAAAGGAAGGCUUAUGAACCUAAACUAACACCUGAAGAAAUGAUGGAUUCUUCGACUUUUAAGAGGUUUACUGCUUCAGUAGAAAAUAUUUUGGAAAAUUUGGAAGACAUGGAUUUUACUACAUUUGGUGAUGAUGAUGAGAUUCCACAGGAAUUGCUAUUGGGAAAACAUCAACUUAGUGAGUUGGGUAGUGAAUCUGCAAAAAUUAAGGCAAUGGGCAUCAUGGACAAGCUUUCAACAGAUAAAACAGUGAAAGUCCUGAACAUCUUGGAGAAGAAUAUUCAAGAUGGCUCAAAGCUUUCUACAUUAUUAAAUCAUAACAAUGACACUGAAGAUGAGGAAAGAUUGUGGAGAGAUCUGAUUAUGGAGAGAGUCACAAAGUCUGCAGAUGCCUGUCUUACUGCUAUCAACAUUAUGACAUCACCCCAUAUGCCUAAAGCUGUGUAUAUUGAGGAUGUAAUAGAAAGAGUUAUUCAGUACACUAAAUUUCAUUUGCAGAACACCCUUUAUCCUCAGUAUGAUCCUGUCUACAGAGUGGAUCCUCAUGGCGGAGGUGUUUUAAGUUCAAAAGCAAAGCGUGCCAAAUGUUCCACCCACAAGCAGAGAGUUAUAGUGAUGCUGUAUAACAAAGUAUGUGACAUUGUUAGCAGUUUGGCAGAAUUGCUAGAGAUACAGCUCCUUACUGACACAACUAUUCUUCAGGUAUCUUCAAUGGGAAUAACACCUUUUUUUGUAGAAAAUGUCAGUGAGCUCCAAUUAUGCGCCAUCAAACUAGUGACUGCAGUGUUCUCAAGGUAUGAAAAACAUAGGCAGUUGAUACUGGAGGAAAUUUUCACUUCACUUGCAAGAUUACCAACCAGCAAAAGAAGUUUGAGAAACUUCAGGUUAAAUAGUAGUGAUACUGAUGGAGAGCCUAUGUAUAUUCAGAUGGUAACUGCACUGGUUCUACAGCUUAUCCAGUGUGUUGUGCACCUGCCAUCAGUGGAGAAAGAUUCCAAUUCAGACGAGGAGUCAAACAAAAAAGUGGAUCAAGAUGUCCUUAUUACUAACUCAUAUGAAACAGCCAUGAGAACAGCACAAAACUUCCUUUCUAUUUUCCUUAAAAAAUGUGGUAGUAAACAAGGAGAAGAGGAUUAUAGGCCACUGUUUGAGAACUUUGUUCAAGAUCUGCUUUCCACAGUCAACAAGCCAGAAUGGCCUGCUGCUGAGCUAUUACUUAGCUUAUUAGGAAGGUUGUUGGUUCAUCAGUUCAGUAACAAGUCUACAGAGAUGGCUUUGAGAGUGGCAUCACUUGAUUAUCUUGGAACAGUAGCUGCAAGAUUGAGGAAAGAUGCUGUCACUAGCAAAAUGGAUCAGGGAUCCAUAGCUCGAAUCUUGAAACAGGUGUCAGGAGGAGAAGAUGAAAUCCAGCAGCUGCAAAAGGCAUUACUAGAUUAUUUGGAUGAAAACACAGAGACUGAUGCCUCGUUACUGUUUUCUCGGAAAUUUUAUAUAGCUCAGUGGUUCCGUGACACAACUAUGGAGACAGAGAAAGCAAUGAAAUCUCAGAAGGAUGAGGAUUCCUCUGAAGGAACUCAUCAUGCAAAAGAAGUUGAGACAACAGGACAAAUAAUGCACAGAGCAGAAGGUCGCAAAAAAUUUCUUCGCAGUAUCAUUAAAACUGCACCUUCUCAGUUCAGUACAUUGAAGAUGAAUUCUGAUACUGUGGACUAUGAAGAUGCUUGCUUGAUUGUUCGCUACUUGGCCUCUAUGAGGCCGUUUGCCCAGAGCUUCGAUAUUUAUUUGACACAGAUUCUGCGUGUGCUUGGUGAAAAUGCGAUUGCUGUUCGAACAAAAGCCAUGAAGUGUUUGUCUGAGGUUGUUGCUGUAGACCCCAGCAUUCUAGCCAGGUUGGAUAUGCAACGAGGUGUUCAUGGACGAUUAAUGGAUAACUCCACUAGUGUACGAGAAGCAGCUGUGGAGUUGCUUGGCCGGUUUGUGCUCUGUCGACCUCAGCUUGCUGAGCAGUAUUAUGACAUGUUAAUUGAGCGAAUACUGGAUACUGGUAUCAGUGUAAGAAAAAGGGUUAUAAAGAUUCUUAGGGAUAUCUGCAUUGAACAGCCAACAUUUCCCAAAAUUACAGAGAUGUGUGUGAAAAUGAUUCGCAGAGUCAAUGAUGAAGAGGGCAUUAAGAAACUGGUAAAUGAGACAUUCCAGAAACUCUGGUUUACUCCAACUCCCCACAAUGACAAAGAAGCAAUGACCAGGAAAAUACUAAACAUCACUGAUGUGGUCGCAGCUUGUAGAGAUACAGGAUAUGAUUGGUUUGAACAACUUCUUCAAAAUCUUUUAAAGUCAGAAGAAGAUGCCUCAUAUAAACCUGUGAAGAAAGCCUGUACUCAACUUGUUGAUAAUCUAGUUGAGCACAUUCUUAAAUAUGAGGAAUCUCUAGCAGACUCUGACAACAAGGGUGUGAAUUCUGGUCGCUUGGUAGCUUGCAUAACCACUUUGUUCUUAUUCAGCAAAAUCAGGCCCCAGCUAAUGGUCAAACAUGCCAUGACCAUGCAGCCAUACCUUACCACUAAAUGUAGUACCCAAAAUGAUUUCAUGGUGAUCUGCAAUGUUGCAAAAAUAUUAGAGCUGGUGGUGCCACUGAUGGAGCAUCCAAGUGAGACCUUUCUUGCCACUAUUGAGGAAGAUCUCAUGAAACUUAUAAUCAAAUAUGGCAUGACAGUAGUGCAGCACUGUGUGAGCUGUCUUGGGGCUGUGGUAAACAAGGUUACUCAAAAUUAUAAAUUUGUGUGGGCCUGUUUUAAUAGAUACUAUGGUGCACUUUCAAAAUUAAAAAGUCAACACCAAGAAGACCCAAACAGUACUAUACUUACAGCCAAUAAAUCAGCACUCCUUAGAUCUCUUUUCACUGUUGGAGCAUUGUGUCGCCAUUUUGAUUUUGAUCAGGAAGAUUUUAAAGGCAACAGUAAGGUUAACAUUAAGGACAAAGUACUUGAACUGCUGAUGUAUUUUACAAAACAUUCAGAUGAAGAAGUACAAACAAAAGCCAUUAUUGGUCUAGGGUUUGCAUUUAUUCAACACCCAAGUCUAAUGUUUGAACAGGAGGUAAAAACUCUGUACAACAGCAUUCUGUCUGAUAAGAACAGCUCAGUAAACUUAAAAAUCCAGGUGUUAAAAAAUCUCCAAACCUAUCUACAGGAGGAGGAUACACGUAUGCAGCAGGCCGAUAGAGAAUGGAAGAAAGUAGCUAAACAGGAGGAUCUGAAAGAAAUGGGUGAUAUUUCCUCAGGGAUGAGCAGCUCCAUCAUGCAACUGUAUCUGAAACAGGUUCUUGAGGCUUUCUUUCAUGCACAGUCCAGUGUACGCCACUUUGCUCUAAAUGUCAUUGCACUGACAUUAAACCAGGGCCUUAUCCAUCCGGUUCAGUGUGUGCCAUAUUUAAUUGCUAUGGGCACAGAUCCAGAGCCUUCUAUGCGGAACAAAGCUGACCAGCAGCUGGUGGAAAUAGACAAAAAAUAUGCUGGAUUCAUUCAUAUGAAAGCAGUAGCUGGUAUGAAGAUGUCUUACCAGGUACAACAGGCAAUCAACACAUGCCCAAAGAAUCCUGUAAGGGGUUUUAGGCAUGAUGAAUCCUCCAGCGCUUUGUGUUCACAUCUAUACUCCAUGAUCCGAGGGAACCGUCAGCACAGACGAGCCUUUUUAAUUUCUUUACUCAACCUCUUUGAUGACACAGCAAAAACAGAGGUGAAUAUGCUCUUGUAUAUAGCAGACAAUCUAGCGUGUUUUCCUUAUCAAACGCAGGAAGAGCCACUGUUUAUAAUGCAUCAUAUAGACAUUACACUGUCAGUUUCUGGUAGUAACCUAUUACAGUCAUUUAAGGAGUCUAUGGUAAAGGACAAAAGAAAGGAGAGGAAACCUUCAUCUGAUGAGGAGAGCGAGAGUGAGAGUGACAGUAACAGUGAGAGUGAGAGUGAAAGUGAAGAAGAAGUUACCAAGCCUCGGAAGUUACGGAAACGUGUAGGCUCUGAUUCAGAUUCUGAUGAAGAAAAUGAUAUAAAUGCUGUGAUGAAGUGUUUGCCAGAUAAUUCAGCUCCUUUAAUUGAAUUUGCAAAUGUUUCCCAAGGCAUAUUGUUGCUUUUGAUGCUAAAACAACAUUUAAAGAAUCUUUGUGGAUUCUCUGAUAGUAAAAUUCAGAAAUAUUCACCCUCCGAAUCGGCAAAAGUAUAUGAUAAAGCGAUAAACAGGAAGACAGGGGUGCAUUUCCACCCAAAACAGACGCUGGAUUUUCUGCGAAGUGAUAUGGCUCAUUCCAAGAUCACUGAAGAUGUGAAGAGGAGUAUUGUAAAACAAUACUUGGAUUUCAAGCUCCUUAUGGAACACCUGGAUCCUGAUGAAGAGGAAGAAGAUGGGGAGGUUUCAGCUAGCACAAAUGCUCGAAACAAAGCAAUUACCUCGCUGCUUGGAGGAGGCAGCCCUAAAAACAAUGCAGCUGAGACAGAGGACGAUGAAAGUGAUGGGGAGGAUAGAGGAGGAGGCACUUCAGGGGUGAGGCGGAGGAGGAGUCAACGUAUUUCGCAGCGUAUUACUCAUUGAGAAGGUCAAAACGAAAUUCAGACUCUACAGAGUUGGCAGCACAGAUGAAUGAAAGUGUUGAUGUCAUGGAUGUCAUCGCUAUUUGCUGUCCAAAGUACAAAGACCGACCACAAAUUGCAAGAGUAGUACAGAAAACCAGCAAUGGCUUCAGUGUUCAGUGGAUGGCAGGCUCCUACAGUGGCUCCUGGACUGAGGCUAAGCGCCGUGACGGCCGCAAACUGGUGCCUUGGGUAGACACUAUUAAAGAGUCAGACAUUAUUUACAAAAAAAUUGCUCUAACAAGUGCUAAUAAGCUGACUAAUAAAGUUGUUCAGACUUUACGAUCGCUGUAUGCCGCCAAGGAUGGAACUUCCAGCUAAUGAAUUUGUACAUACAGCCAAAUUUACAGGAAUUGAAAUAACAGAAAAACUUGAAAUAUCAACUUUCUGGCAAAAAAUCAGUUGAAUGAAGAGUAAGAA